UACAGUAGCUUCGGGUUGCCAUGGAGACAGAUGCACACAGAGGGCCUGUGGCAGACAGCACGUCCUCCACAGUUCACUCCGCAGGCCUCAUAGCCAAGGGACUACCUGUCCUCAAGCAUGGAGCGCCCCCGACGGCCAGAGGCCAAUGCUGAAGCUAUCCACUUCCUCAACUCCCUGAGGCCGCAGGAGCUGCAAAUGCUGUUUUUCUCUGAGACGCUGGUCAUGGUCUCUGACGCGGGGGAGCCUCAGGGAGAGAUGACCAUCGAGGUGCAGAGCGGGAAGUACAAGGACCAGCAGGGACUCAUGUCACACUGCCUCUUCGUCCACGCUGGGAGCCGUAGCGUCAUGGAUAAAACCAUUUGUGGAAACUCCGUCCUGGGCUAUCUCUCGUGGAAACUGGAGCCCUUAGAACAACACAGUCAUGAGUUCAUUAAGUUCCCCAUCCUCCCCAUGGAGCGGAAGACGAGUUUGCUGAAGAAGGAUAACCAGCUGGCCGUGACCAGAAGCUUCAGAGAGGAUGAGGAAAUGAAGACCAGCAAGACUUCUUUCCCCUGGGACUCAAAUGAGGGCUUCAUCUCCGAGGCUGCCAACCUGGUGCUGCUGCGGGUGAUGGCCUGGAGGCAGAUGGUGCCCAGCAAUGCCCGCUUCCUGGCCCUGGACACUGAGGGCAAACUCUGCUGCUCCACCUAUCAAGCCCUAGGCUUCCAGACAAUCCAGGUGGGCCGCCAGCAGGCCCAGGUAUUCAUCGUGGAGCAGACUGUGCGCUCGGAGGAGGGCAUCCCCGUGUCCUGUCAGUUCUACCUGCUCUCUGAUGGGCACCUGGCAAAGAGAGUCCAGGUGGGCUCCCCCGGGUGCUUCGUUGUCACCAAGAUGCCCAUCUUGAGGGAGGAGGAUGAGAUUGAGCCUCCGCCCGUGUUCCACAAGAAGCCCUUGGCGUGGGAGGAGGACAUGGAGCUCUACUCCAAGUUCCUGGACCGGAAGGAGCAGCUCCGGCUUGGCCACGCCAGCUACCUGCGGCGGCACCCCGACGCGCAGGCUCUCGUCUCCGACUUCCUGCUCUUCCUGCUGGUGCGCCAGCCCCAAGACGCCGUCACCUUCGCCGCGGAGUUCUUCGGCUUCUUCUCCACCAACCGCGCGCCAUCCCCGGCCUUGCGCUCCUCCCACCCCCGCUCCCCUUUCCGCCCACUGGACCCCAAGGAUGUUGCGGACUCGGGGUCCGACUAGGCGGCCCCGGUUCCUGCGGGGAGGGGGCGUUCAGAGGGGCCGCGCGUCCUGGCCGCGGUUCUGCUGUGCCAGCAGGGACUGUCCCUCUCCGGCGUCUGGUUCCUUGAAUCAAAAAAUACACAAAAUAGGAACUGUUAACUUAU